CAACACUGUGCGCGCGAGAGAGGGAGAGGAAUAUGCGAUUUUCACAAAGCAAAUUAAAAAAUAAAAACCGAAAUCUUUGAAUACUAAUCACAAAUUCACAACCACACACACACUGAAGUACUCAGUCUACUGUAGAGAGAGAGAGAGAGCGAUGGGGGCGCUGACGACGGCGUUGAUAGCUAUAGCGGCGGUGGCGCUGGGAUGGUGUACGAUCGAGAUCGCGUGCAAACCCUGUCUCGAGAAAGGCCGCGAAGCCAUAGAUCGCAACCUCAACCCCGAUUACGACCCCGACGACGACGCCGACACCGACACCACCGCCGCCCUUCACGCCCCACUCAAUCCCGAUAAUGCUGAAGCUGCCGCCGCCGCCGCCGCCGCUUCCUCCACCGUCGCGAAGUCCGUUUGAGUCAGCCAGAAAUUUAGGGAUCUGAUCGACGAUACUAUUGUGCGUUUAAUUUUUUCCUAAUUAACUCCGCCUUAGAAUUAUUUUAAUUUGUUUCUUCUUCUUGCUUAAAAUAUUGCCGCUGUGUGUUGUUUCCUCUGAUUAA